CUACACAACAGGGUUUCCCCCUAACAAAAGUGAACAAUGGUGGGUGUGUUGCCACUUACAAAAGUUUCUUUGCAAAGGAUUUCCUGCUAAUUAAUUGUAAAGAGGCUGCACACUGCACUGUUGAACAGAUCGCAAGAGAUCUAGGUGCAGUAACUCAGUAUGGCAAGCAAAGCACUUCGAUUGAAGCCGCCACCAAUUCCCACAAAAUCAAAAUUGGUUCAAGCUUUCUCCCAACAACAAGAGCCAUGUGAUUCAGAACUGUACGAUGAUAUUGUGAGCAUAAAAAAAUACUCCACUGACGCUAAUCAAAACCUUACAACUGAGAAUACGGACAAAAACGUCUCUAUGUUGAACUUUUCUGAAGCAGUGUCAAUUCAAAAGUUGGAAAUGAAACCAAAACCGCAACCAAAGCCCAGAAACAGUGGAGAUAAAGUUACCAUUACUCGUCUAAAGCCUCUGCCAAAGCCCAGAACCCUUCAUGCUGCUUGUAAAGUUACCGUUGCUCACAAGAAAAAGCCUAAACCUCUGCCCAAGCCGCAGGUUGCUGCUCAAGAAAGUGAAAAUGUUGAACAUUGUUUUAAUACGAAAAAGCCACCUAUACCAACGCCUACACUUGCUACUACUCAAGAUGAUGACAUUUAUGAUGAUGUGGUUGUGUACAGAACAAAAUCAAAGCACUCGUGUGAGCCACCUGUUGCACCUGAACAACUUCUCCAUGAAGAUGAGUCAUUACCCGAACAAAAUCCGUUGUCAUUCGGUGCUGUCAGUGAACAAGCAGAAUAUCUAUAUACAGAUGCGUCAUCACUGUCGUAUCCUCGAGUAUGUACUAUCUCUCGUGAGCAUAAACUAGAACCCGGCUACGAGCAGGGGCAACACUAUCAGACUGAGGAUGGACCGAACAUUAGUGAAGUACAAUCUCCCCAAGGCUAUACAUAUAGUCAGCCACACCAAGAUUGUAGGUUGUCUGUUGACAGACCUCGUGAUAACGUGCAACCCACCGUAACGUCAACAGAAAACAUAUCAACACCAACAUCGUAUAUUUAUCCAAGCCUCAGUCCACAAGCAUUAAGACGUUCACAACAACAGCAACACUUACAGUAUGAGUAUGAUUAUGCAUGUGCUGAUAUCGGUCUAUCAAUGGACUCUGUGACGUCCGCCUCUGACAUUGAGCAAAUAUCCUCUUCCGAGGGUGUUUUCGCUAGAAGAAAUUAUGACUAUGCAUAUCAACUACAGUCCAGUCCUAGUUCCAGGCAAGUGUCUGAUUCUGAAAAAGGUAACCCUGACCAUAAGUAUUACUACAUCAGAAAUCCUUCAGAGGGCUUUGAUAUUGACUCGUUUAAUUCGAACAGCCGGCACUCAUAUGACACAAUCUGUGAUGUCAGAAGGAUAGAAUUGCCUGAACCAGAAGACCCACCAAUCCAUUUAGCGAUUGGAAACACUGAGGCAGAGGCAACAGCCUCACGACCACGACACUAUCAAAGUGUCAAAACAGAAGGUCAGCAAGAGAUGAGCCCUUUCUCAAGAGCUACUUCUUCAGUGAAUUCUGACGUUUCAGUUAGGAUGAAGUUUGAUCCACUACCUGAUGUACCACAUUUACAGCUUUCAAAUAGUGAAGAAAGUGAAGCAAGAUUGAUCCUCUAUGAAGAUAUCGACCCUCAGCCUUAUGAACAGCCACAUUUUAAAUUAUUGCCCAAUAAAAUUCGACAUCAACUAGUCAGAGGACCCAAUAAGAAGAAACUCCAUUUGAAUCAUAGGAAGUCGACUAGACGUCCUUCAAUACUAGAUGUAGGAGCUGAUCAAGCUCAAUUUAGCACACAAACUCCAAAAGAUAGUUGUCAGAGCGAUGAUGAUUAUGAUACUAUCCCAAAUGAAGAAGUAUAUGACAUGCUUCUAGAAGAUAGUGGCAUACAUCACAGUUUAAGUGUCCCUAUUUCCACUGUCAGAAGGCACAGUGUGUCAAGCCCAGAGUCACGUGAAGAGCUUCUUCAAAGUCUCAGUAGUAAUGUAGUGGAAAAAAGGUUUCUGGAAACGAAUAGACUUGGGGAUUUGGUAUACAGCAACUUGAAUAACGCUGGAAUUAUUGAUGUUGAUGUUUCCUCCAGAACAAAAAUUGUUAAAGAACUCGAGGAGCUAAUGCAGGGUGCUCAAUUGUCCCCGCCUAUCAUUCGUCCUCGAUCACGACUUGUUUCAAAAAUGGAUCAGAGACUACUGCAUAGAUUUAGACGGACAGGAAGUAUGUAGCUGAAUAAAAAUGACAGUUUUAUGUGUUGCGAUUAUAAUAGAUACACUAAAUCAGUAUGUACAAAAA